GCAUCGCCCUUCUGCAACGCGUCCCUGGCACCGAUAGUCCAGCUGCCUGGCGGCGGCCACCCGAAGUUCGAACUGCCUGACGUCUGGGCGGAGGCCUGCGCGCAGGUGACGCACUUCCCGAACGAGACGGUGUCGGAGGGGCACAACUGGUGCUGGUCCUGGCUCAAGCACCUGGGCUGCCGGCGGUCGGAGGCCAGCCGCAGCUGGCGCGACAGCCAGGACUUUGUCGCCAGGAUGGACCUCGCGCCGCCGCCGGAUGUCGUGGACAUGCAGCCGCUGAAGGACCCCUCGGUGUGCGAGCAGUACUGGCUCGGGGGGCCCCUGAGCGUCUCGCCCCACGAGCGCGACUCCAUCCAGCAGUGGUUCGCGGCGAACGUGGCGGUGUACGCGCUGGACGUCUCGCUGGACGAGGGCGCGGUGCGCGAGACGCGCGCGCGGCUGCAGGAGCUGGGCAUCGAGCACACGCUGGUACCCGGGCUCGACCUGGAGAAGACGGGGCUCAUGGGACUUGUGCCGGAGGGCUUCGACCUGGAACAGGCGCAGAUAGAAGCGAGCCUGCCCGACAAGUACAUGAGCGACGUCUUGGCAGCCGCAUCCGCUUCGGCCGCGCGCCUGCGGGCGAUGCGGUUGGUGAAGACGCACAACCGCCGGCCCCUGGCGAUCAUCCUCGAGGGUGGCGCUAUGCCGGAGGACGACUUCGCGGCGAAGGUGUUCCAGCUUCUUGUCCACGAGGCGCCUUGCGACUGGCAGGUGAUCUCCCUGAAGUCCAGGUGCCCCUACGGCGUCUGUGUGGCGCCCCACCUCGCCAGGAUCCUCCCCGACGGGAACGAGCCGGACGAGAGCUGCAACUACGGAACCAACCUGGGCAUGCCCGCAAUGCUCUGGAAGCUUGAGGGCAUGCACCAUGUCACAGAUGCGCUGGAGGAGGCAGUCUGGCAGCAUGACCAACCGCGGUGUCUCGAGACGGACGUGGCGCUGUCCUCCCUGGCCGACAGGAUCGCCUACUAUGCCGUGCCAUCCAUGCAGACGCCAGGGCUGCUGGCAGACUCCCUUCCGCAGUGGCGGCGGCGGGUUGCGGCGGCGGCGGCCUUGAAGGCCAACCUGCAGACUACCACGACGGCGACCACCUCCACCUCCACGACGAGCACGACCACGACCACGAGCAGCAGCACCAGCACGACGACCACCACGCCCACCACGGUGGACAAGAUUCUGCGCGGCCAGUGGUCGCCGACCGGGGAGGGUGGGAUGGACCUGCCCGCCGAUGCGGCCAGCCUCGGCGCUCCCGACGGCGAAUACGGCGAGCCCGCCCCCAACGACAGCGCCUCGCCGGCGCCAGCGCCGCGGGUCGGUUCGCUGGGCGGCUCGCCCAGCCCAGGCCCCGCGCCGGAAGGUCGGAGGGCGUCGUCCCGCCGGGCGAGGUGCGGGUGCACGCCAAGGCCUCCUGGGAGCCGGGCGGGCCCUGGCGGCUGGUCAGCAAGGGCCACUUCUGCCCAAGCCACCGCAAGCACCUGA